AUGGCGCGGAAAACAACCCUCCAGGAGUUCGAGUCGGUGUAUCCCAAGCUGGAGGAGGCUAUCCUGGAGCAUGCCCGGUCGUACGAGCUGCCCGAGGCCGAGAUGGCCUGGCUGAAAGAAAACCUCGAAAUCAACCCCCUGGGCGGCAAGUGCAACCGCGGCAUGUCGGUCCCCGACUCCGUCUCCCUGCUGCUCGGCGCCCCCCUCAGCGACGAGCAGUACUUCCAGGCCGCCGCGCUGGGCUGGAUGACGGAGCUCCUGCAGGCCUUCUUCCUCGUCUCGGACGACAUGAUGGACGGCAGCAUCACGCGCCGCGGCAAGCCGUGCUGGUACCGCCGCGACGGCGUCGGCAUGAUCGCCAUCAACGACGCCUUCCUGCUCGAGUCGAGCAUCUACGUCCUCCUGCGCCGCUUCUUCCGCCGCCACCCGGCCUACGUCGACCUGCUCGAGCUCUUCCACGAGACCACCCUGCAGACCGAGCUGGGCCAGCUGUGCGACCUGCUCACCGCCCCCGAGGACCGCGUCAACCUCGACGCCUUCUCCCCCGCAAAGUACCGCUUCAUCGUCGUCCACAAGACGGCCUACUACUCCUUCUACCUGCCCGUCGCCCUCGCCCUGCACCAGCUCGACCUCGCCACCCCGCGCAACCUGGCCCAGGCGCGCGCCAUCCUCGUCCCCCUCGGCGAGUACUUCCAGGUCCAGGACGACUACCUCGACAACUUUGGCCUGCCCGAGCACAUUGGCAAGGUGGGCACCGACAUCCGCGACAACAAGUGCUCGUGGCUGGUCAACCAGGCCCUCGAGGCGGCCACGCCCGCCCAGCGCCGCGUGCUCGAGGACAACUACGGCCGCAAGAGCGACGCCUGCGAGGCCGCCGUCAAGAAGCUCUACGACGACAUGGGGCUGAAGCAGCGCUACGAGGCGUUUGAGGAGGAGCGCGCGGCCGAGAUUCGCGCCCUGAUUGACCAGGUCGACGAGUCCGAGGGGCUGAAAAAGGCCGUCUUUGACGUCUUUCUCGCCAAGAUUUACAAGCGGACCAAAUAG